UGGGACAAGCUCUACGCAACCGAACUCACAAACCACGCCGCCAACCCCUCCGACACAGGCACAAACUGGUUCGACGACUCCAACGCCGAAGGCCGCAUCGUUGCCUUUCUCGGCGGCCUCCUUGACGAAGACGACGACGAUGAACAGCGCCGUGAGAUCCUAGCCGGAAGAAAAAAAGAGCUCACGCAGGGUGAUGCAGCGAUUCUGGAUCUUGGGUGCGGCAAUGGAGAGCUGCUGUUUGCCCUGAGGGACGAUGGCUGGGAGGGCACGAUGCUGGGCGUGGAUUACAGUGCGCAGAGCGUUGAGUUGGCGAGGAGGAUUGAUGCUACGAGGGACGCCAAAAGAAUCCCGCCAGUCAACUUCCUCGAAUGGAACCUCCUCACCGGCCCUCUCUCCCCCACCGAUCCCGCCUCCCCCCUACACUACGCGCCAUCCUCCUCCGAAAAACCCCUCUUCGACAUUGUUCUCGACAAGGGCACCUUUGACGCAAUCAGCCUCUCCGCAACGUCCUCCCCCACCGAAACCCAUCCGUGCGAAAUCUAUCGCCAGAGGCUCCUGCAGCUGCUCAACCCCCAUGGCGGCAUCUUCUUGGUCACGAGCUGCAAUUGGACGGAGAAGGAGCUGAGGGGCUGGUUUGAGGAUGAGCGGGAUGGCGAGCUGACGGUUGUGGGACGGGUUGAGUAUCCGACGUUUACGUUUGGUGGGAUGAAGGGGCAGACGAUUAGUACCUUGUGCUUUAGGAGGGGCUGA